AUGCGUAAAAAGACUAAAAUUCAGAAUAAUAGCGAUGAUGAGUUAUUGAAAUUACUGCAGGAUAAAACUUAUGAUGAGGAUGUUUCAUUUUGUGAAAUGAUCAUACCAAUGCUCAAGAAUCUCUCAACAGACCAGAAACAUUACGCUAAAAUUGAAAUUCUGAAUGCACUUAACAGAGCAACUAAAUAUUCACCACAAAAUUUUAUACCGCCUAGAGUCAGAUCCGCUAUGUCUCAAUAUCAAUCAUCAUCAUCAUCGUAUUCAUCUUACAACCCAAAUACGCCAUCACCCUACCCAAAUACUAUCCAUCAAUCUCCUUCUCCUCAAAUUUACCAAUACCCACCAUCUUUUCCUCAAUCUCCGCCAGAUCCGUCUCCUCAAACCCAAUACACACCAUCUAGUAAUUCAACUGUCAUUCCUCAAUCUCCGCCUGAUUCGUCUCCUCAAACCCAAUACACACCAUCUCGUAAUUCAACUGUCAUUCCUCAAUCUCCGCCUGAUCCGUCUCCUCAAACCCAAUACACACCAUCUCAUAAUUCAACUGUCAUUCCUCAAUCUCCGCCUGAUCCGUCUCCUCAAUCCCAAUAA